AUGAAGUACACUCUCUCAGCACUUUCCAUGCUAGCCAUGGCCGUGGCUCAGCAAGUCGGCACCGAACAGCCUGAGACUCAUCCCAAGCUGAGCUGGCAGAGGUGUACUUCUUCAUCAUGCUCGAACGUCAACGCUGAGGUCGUCAUCGACGCCAACUGGCGCUGGGUUCAUGGCGUUGGCGGAUACCAGAACUGUUACGAUGGAAACUCGUGGACUGGGUUGUGCACGACCGGAGACAGCUGCGCCCAGACUUGCGCUGUCGAAGGAGCCGAGUACGGCGGUACCUACGGCGUGUCGACCAGUGGCAAUGCCAUGACUCUAAAGUUCGUCCAGGAGCACCAAUAUGGCAAGAAUAUUGGCUCUCGUAUGUACCUCAUGAACGGGGACAGCAAGUACCAAACCUUCCAGCUCCUGAACAACGAAUUCGCUUUCGACGUCGACCUGUCCAGUGUCGAGUGUGGCAUGAACAGUGCUCUGUACUUCGUUGCUAUGAAGGAGGACGGCGGUUUGUCUUCGGAGCCUAACAACAAGGCGGGAGCCAAGUACGGUACUGGCUACUGCGACGCGCAAUGUGCUCGCGAUCUUAAGUUCAUUGGCGGCAAGGGCAAUGUCGUAGGCUGGGAGCCUUCUGAGACCGAUGACAGUGCCGGUGUCGGCAACAUGGGCGCCUGCUGCGCCGAGAUUGAUGUUUGGGAAUCCAACGCCUACGCUUACGCUCUGACUCCUCACCCUUGCGAGAACAACAACUACCACGUCUGCGAGGGUUCCAACUGCGGUGGCACAUACUCCGAGGAUCGCUACGGCGGCGGCUGCGAUGCCAACGGUUGCGACUACAACCCGUACCGCAUGGGCAACCCUGACUUCUACGGCCCCGGAAAGACCAUUGACACCACCAAGAAGUUCACCGACGGAAGAACCAUCGAAGUCCCCGGCGCCAAGUGGGCAGGUGUGCCCGAGACCUCGGAGAUCACGCCCGAGUACUGCGAGCGCCAGUUCGCUGUCUUCAACGAGCGAGACCGCUUCAACGAGGUCGGCGGAUACCCCCAGCUCAACGCCGCGCUCAACAUUCCCAUGACUCUUGUGAUGUCCAUCUGGAGCGACCACUACGCCAACAUGCUCUGGCUCGACUCCACCUACCCGCCCGAGAGGGCUGGAGAGCCCGGCACCGAACGUGGACCUUGCGCCCCGACUUCUGGUGUUCCCGCCGAAGUUAUCGAGCAGUUCCCCAAUUCGCAGGUUGUCUGGUCCAACAUCCGCUUCGGUCCCAUCGGCAGCACCUACGCUGUCUAA